AUGAAUAAUAUCCAACAAUUUGAACAAAGAAAAAUUGUACAGUCUAUACGAAGAGAUCCUAUUGAAAAAGUUAGAACUUUAAUUGAAGAAGCCUCUGAGAAUGAGAUUGAAGAAGUAUGUCCGUCAACAAACGCAAAUUUGAUAUUCUAUGCUGUACAACGUACUAAUGAUGAAGAAGCUUUAGAAAUAUGUCAAUUAAUAUUAAAGAAGUGUCCAAAUAUGAAUGUAAAGGCUACAGACUUAAGUUUCCAGACGUCUCUAUUUUUUGCUUCAAGAGAUGGGAAUACAAAAACUGCUGAAUUUUUGAUUAACCUUGGUUGUGAUGUGAAUCAUCGUGAUCGUGCCAGUCAAACUGCUUUGUUUUAUGCUGCGAGAGAUGGUAGAACAGAUGUGGUUCGUUUACUACUGUCACAUGGGGCAGAUCCUAAUUUAUCAGAUAAUGUUGGUCAAACUGCUUUAUUUUAUGCUGCUAGAGAUGGGCGAUCUCAAACAUGUAUGUUACUCCUUGAUAAAGGAGCAGAUUCGGCUAUAAAAGACAAGAACAGGCAGAUGGCAUCAUCAUAUGCGUUGAAGAAUGGCCACAAGCAACUGGCUAAUCUACUUCGUAAUAGUAUAGCAAAUGCAAGUAACAAUAUCUCAGAUCAAAUGGGUGGGAUCAACAACUCUCAAAAUUUUUUAUCAGAUGCAAGUAAUGUAUUAAAAGACUCUGAAAUUCGUCAAAAUUAUAGAUUGCAAUUUAAAGGGAGUGAUGGCAAGUGGUACUUUGCUACAACCGAAAUAAUAAAGGAAUUCGAAGAAAAGUACCCUAAUAUUGCUGUUUGGUCAAAAACGCUUCCUGUACCUCCUUUAAAAUCAAGUGCUGAUCCAUUUAGAGCAGCUUGGCACAAAACUAUUAGUGAAACAGUUGAUGAAUUAAGGAAACAAGAAGGUGCCUGGAUAUUUGAUAAGCCUGUAGAUGAGAAGGCAUGGAAUUGUUCAGAUUACUACUCUAUAAUUAAAAAACCUAUGGACUUUAGUUUAAUAAGGAAAAAGUUGAGGAAUGGUGAAUAUGAACUUUGUAUUGAUGCUAUUCUCGAUAUACAACAAAUAUUUGAAAAUUGUUAUUUAUAUAAUAAACCUGAAUCUAGUAUUACUCGGGUAUGUAAAAGCAUAGAAGAACACUUCCUUAAGCUGAAAAAGUCGAAGAAUAUUGAUGAAAUACUUGACCGCGAAAGGGAUCUUUAUAGUUUAAAGUAUAUUUAA